AUGUCACUGGCCGUGAAGAAAGGAAUAAGCGCUAAGAACGAGUCAAGAAAAUGCGCUGCACGUUUCUGGAGACUCUUUCCUCACCUUCUCCUGAGUCUGUCUCUGGUUGCGUACGCCGCGCUAGGUGCGCUCAUUUUCGAGCGCAUUGAGAGGUACGCGUCCCCCGACAACCAGGAGUACCACCAGUUCCUGGGUCAGAUCGUCAGCACCGUCCAGAACCUCACCAAUAAUGCCUCUCUCACGCAUAACAACAUAGUGCAGCGAGUGGAGACAAAGAUGCUUAAAUUCAAGUCCAUAUGGCUCCAGAGACCCGAGAGGUGGGAUUUUUUUGGCUCCAUGUUCUUCUGCUGCACUGUAUUCACUACAGUUGGAUAUGGGGAGAUCUAUCCGGUAACCUUGACUGGAAAGGUGGUGUGUGUCUUGUAUGCCAUGGUGGGCAUCCCUCUCAUGCUUCUGGUUAUCCUCGAUGUGGGAGACUUCCUCGCUCUGCUGAUGUCCAGAGUCUAUGUGCGCUUUCAUGCCUUCUGCAAAAUCCUCCGCUCCCACACCUGGUCACUGUGCAAAGCUCGGAGGGGGGACUCUAGCCACAUGGCCCAGGAGAACAGUAGCUGUCUUUUCAGCCAUGACAUUUUGGUCCGGGAGCCCCUUGACAUCCGGCAGGUCCUGCACAGCCAGGCAGAUGUAAGGCAAAAGUCUAUCCAGCUUGAAAACAACAAAGAGAUCUUUGAGAAGAUUCUUAUCAGGGAGAAUUUACUCAGAAAAGGCCCCCUGCUCAGGACCCUCUCCUGUCCAGAGCUAGACCGUCUGCCACCAACUAAAAGAAUAUGUGCCAUCUGGGACUUCACAGGAUUAGGGGAUGGAAUGGAAAUGCUGGAUGUACCCUUUGUGCUGAUUCUUUUCAUCGUGUUUGCCUACAUUUUUUUUGGUGGAUUGAUUCUGCCAUUGUGGGAAACAGAAUUCAAGGGCUUUGAUCCCUUCUACUUCUGCUUUAUAACACUCACUACUAUCGGUUUUGGUGACAUUGUUCCCAAUCACCCGAAGUACUUCAUGCUCACCUCACUCUUCAUCAUUGUCGGCAUGGCCAUCAUGUCCAUGGCUUUCAAGCUUGGACAAACACGAAUUGUAAGUUGCUAUCGCCAAUGCAUCAAGUUCAUCAGCAGGGGAAAUGUGGAGACUUUUAGAAAUAGAGAGAAUGAUUAA